GGCGCAGCUAUCAGAGACUGAGCGUGAGUGCGGGAACCUAGUCACGCAGAAGAAUUUGUUUGAGUCCGGACUGCUGCAAGGAAUGGCUGGCAUCAUAAGGGGGAGCACGAAGGUGGCCGUAGACAUUGAUGAGGCCGAGAUGCAGAAGCGGCUGAGGGAGUCUCGGGCCAAGAAAGCUGAGAAAAGUGCUGGAAAACGACCCAGGGAUGAGGAUGAGGGUCGGGUCGCGGACGUGCUGGGGAAGAGGAAGGCUUUGGAGGAGGCUCAUCAGCAUGUGAUGGGGUCAGGGCCGAGGCUUCCGCCCUUUGAUCUGCAGGCACCGCCGAAGCUACCCUUCGGCAUGGAGGAUAUGUUCGCUGAAGGGGUAGAGAAGGUAGACUUCGGCAGGUUACGGCAGCAGAAGAAGGAGGUCAACUUGGCUAUGCACCGGCAGGAGGUGCCCUUAGUGAACGUCUUCCUGGAAGGCGUGAAGAGCGACCCUGAGGCCCUGGCGAGGACUCCAGCUUCUUCCUUCAUUGACCGGGCCCAAAAGACGAUCCUCACCUCUGCCUAUGCCUUUGGCGAGAUGUACGUCAGCAUGGCCAAGGCUGACAAGGAGAUCCAGAGGCUGAAGAGGCGGGAUGAGCUAGCCAAGAGCAAAAUGGCGGAGGCGCAGGAGGCCAUCCGAGAGAAGAACGCCUUGCUGGUUCAAAAGGCGGCCCUGCCAGGAAACCUUGCGCAUGACCCAGUCCCCCAUUUCAAAGCACGGGGCUUGACUCGGGAGUCGUAG